CGGCUCGUUGACGAGCAGUUCUCCUCCCUGGAGGACUUGGCUGCCUCAGAGCUUCCCGGCGCUUUCGGAAGAAUGUGCCUCUGCGCUAUUAAAAGUCAUAACUUUUGCAAGACCUGUGACAUGGAGUAGGACAGACAGCAGUUUGAAGAGCUCAGUCAUAAAUACAUCUCUAUCCCAACGCUGACUUACUUACUGGAGACUCUCCCCAAAGCCUGCUUGAAUCAGAGCCUGUACAUUUCACCAAAAGCUUCAUAAUGGAGUUCUUGCUAUCCAAAGGAAGUUAUAUUCGAUAUUUCAAAAGAUCUUUCUUGCUAGUUUUGUUAUGUGUGAUAGUUCUUGUAUGCACUGAUCAGGACUACUAUAGUUUACUUGGAGUAUCCAAAGAAGCAAGUAGUAGAGAAAUACGUCAAGCAUUCAAAAAACUGGCACUAAAGUUGCACCCUGAUAAAAAUCAGAAUGAUCCAAAUGCACAUGAGAAUUUCUUGAAAAUAAACAGAGCCUAUGAAGUACUUAAAGAUGAAGAUCUGCGGAAGAAGUACGAUAAAUAUGGAGAGAAAGGCCUUGAAGAUCAGCAGCAAGGAGGCCGUUAUGAAAGCUGGCACUUCUAUCGAUAUGAUUUUGGUAUUUAUGAUGACGAUCCUGAAAUUAUAACAUUGGAUAGGGGAGAAUUUGAUGCUGCUGUUACCUCGGGAGAACUGUGGUUUGUGAAUUUUUAUUCUCCUAGAUGCUCCCACUGCCAUGAUUUAGCACCUACGUGGAGGGAGUUUGCUAAGGAGAUGGAUGGAGUAAUACGCAUUGGAGCUGUCAACUGUGGAGAUAACAGAAUGCUUUGUCGGAUUAAAGGAAUUAACAGUUACCCAAGUCUGUAUGUUUUCAGAACUGGAAUGCAACCAGUGAAGUAUUAUGGAGAUAGGUCAAAAGAAAGCUUGAAGAGCUUUGCUAUGCAGUAUGUUACAAGCACAGUCACUGAGUUAUGGGCAGGAAACUUUGUCAAUGCCAUUGAAACUUCAUUUGCUUCUGGUGUUGGUUGGCUGAUCACCUUCUGUGCUGAACGUGGAGAUUGCUUGAGUUACCAGACACGCCUUAAGCUAGCUGGCAUGUUGGAAGGUCUUGCUAAUGUAGGCUGGAUGGACUGUGGCACCCAGGGUGAGCUCUGUGACAAUUUAGAUAUCUCAACUAGUACUACAGCGUAUUUUCCACCUGGAGCCACCAUAAAUAACAAGGAGAAAGGAGGUGUUUUGUUUCUUAACUCCUUGGAUGCCAGAGAAAUAUAUAAGGAAGUAAUGCAGCAUCUGCCAGACUUUGAAAUUAUCUCUGCAGCAUCAUUAGAGGACCACCUGGCUCAUCACCGAUGGCUGAUUUUCUUCCAGUUUGGGGAAAGGGAUAAAGCACACAUACAGGAAUUUAAGAAACUUAAAUUUUUACUGAAAGAUGAGCACAUUCAGGUUGGCAAGUUUGACUGUCUUUCCUCACCAGCCAUCUGCAACAAACUGUAUGUGUAUCAGCCUUGUUUAGCAGUCUUCAAAGGAAAAGGAACGGGAGAUUAUGAAAUUCAUCAUGGAAAGAAGAUCUUAUACGACAUAGUUGCAUUUGCCAAAGAAAGUGUCAACUCUCAUGUUAUCACACUGGGACCUCAGAAUUUUCCUGACAAAGAGAAGGAGCCGUGGCUUGUAGACUUCUUUGCACCGUGGUGUCCUCCUUGUCGAGCUUUGUUACCAGAGCUGAGAAAAGCAUCAGUACAUCUUUAUGGUCAGCUUAAAUUUGGAACACUAGACUGUACUGUCCAUGAAGGGCUUUGCAAUAUGCAUAACAUUCGAGCUUAUCCAACGACUGUAGUGUUCAAUCAAUCUGAUGUUCAUGAAUAUGAAGGACAUCACUCUGCUGAGCAGAUCUUGGAGUUUAUAGAGGAUCUUAGGAAUCCAUCGGUGGUCUCCCUAACACCAGAGACUUUUGUGGAAUUAGUUCAGAGAAGAAAACGAGAGGAAGUCUGGAUGGUUGACUUCUAUGCUCCAUGGUGUGGACCUUGUCAGGCUUUAAUGCCAGAAUGGAAGAAAAUGGCCAGGAUGUUAAAUGGUUUAAUUAGCGUAGGCAGUGUGGAUUGUCAAAAAUACUAUUCUUUCUGUCACCAAGAAAGUGUUCGGGGGUAUCCUGAAAUAAGACUCUUUCCUCAAAAAUCAAACACAGCUCAUCAAUAUUAUAGCUACAAUGGAUGGCACAGAGAUGCAUAUUCACUGAGAGGCUGGGCAUUGGGCUAUUUACCACAAGUGUCUGUAGAUUUGACGCCUCAGAGUUUCACAGAAAGAGUUCUGAAUGGAAAAGAUCACUGGGUCAUUGAUUUUUAUGCUCCUUGGUGUGGACCUUGCCAAAAUUUUGCUCCUGAAUUUGAGAUCCUUGCAAGGGCCAUUAAAGGAAAAGUAAAAGCUGGUAAAGUAGACUGUCAGGCAUAUGCCCACACCUGUCAAACUGCCGAUAUCAGAGCCUACCCUACUGUCAAGUUCUACCCCUACCAUGGAACAAAGAAAAACAUUCUUGGUGAAUAUAUAGACAGCAGAGAUGCAAAAAGUAUUGCUGACCUUUUGAAUGAAAAACUGGAAGCCAUUCAAAAUAAAGGAAAAAGAAAAAAAUCUAGGAAUAAGGAUGAACUCUAAGUGGCCCUGGAGAUAGAAACAAUUUAAAUAUUCUGAAGCUGUGAAAAUAGAAGACACCAGAAGGAAAAUAUAAGGCUGAUUACAUUCAUGAUAGGACAAAAGAGAUGAAAACUAUUUUGAGUUCACAGACAUCUGUGGCUGUAUGAAUUCUGUUUUAAACUGGGGGGGAGAUUAAAGCAUUUUGGGUUUGGUGGAGGCAGUCGAUGUUUCUGCAAAUGAAUUCUGCUUAUCCCUUUUCUGAUGUAACUACUACCUUCUUCCAGUCAGACAUUGGAGUUGACCAGAAUGUGGACUGUAUCACUUUGACCUACCCAUUUACUAGUUCCUUAUAUUUUUCUGUCUUUUUUCAAAUGCUUUUUGAAUGUGGCACUCAGCCUGUGGCUGAAUAUGCACUCAGACCACUCUGCAAUGCAGAAACACAAGGGAUUGUCUACUUGAAAGACAGAGUUAUCUGAUGAUUAGUCUACUUUAGGGUUGCAUAAUUGUGUUGUCAAUUGCUAAGAAAAUCCAGAGCUGGUAGCAGGAUGUUUACUGAAUUACAUUGCUCCUAUCCUUGAGUGGAGUACUGUACUGUGGCACUGAGGGUGGUACCUAGGCAAACAGAACUUUGAAGAGCUUCUUUGGUUGGUUGGUUUGGACCUUUUUUUAUUUUCUUUUUUUAAAUAAUCAAAAAAACCCUUUAAAAACUUCAAAAGUCAGUGUUUCAUUGACUUUCAAAACUUAAGCUGAUGCUUCCAUAGCAUAACUUAAUAGGUCAUAACGUUAUUACUGUGUUUUUAAAUAUGAAUGUAUUCUGUGGACACAUUACCACUUUUCCUUUCCCUGCAGACAGGUUUUGGGGGUUUUCUUUGGUUGGUUUUUGUAGGUAUUUAGGCAAGCAAGAUAGCAAGUGCCUUUUUAAUUUAAAAAAGAAACACUGUAUAUUGUAAUGUCACCUGGUACAUCUUCAUAGAAUUCCCUCUCUUUAGAGUAAUAUUUUUUCAUAACUUCACCAACAAGAAGUACUACAGAAGAAAAACUAAUUAUUUGCUCCAUUUAGACAUUCAACAUUGAAAUGUUUCCUGUUUUCAAUAAAAUGCUGCUGAGAACUUGUCAGAUGGACUUUUCUCUGUGCUCUCCCUGUAUUUAGAUUUGGCAUGACGAGUUACUGUAGUGUGAGUAUUAGAAAUUUGUAAAUACAUUGUUACCUACAAGUAAUUUAUUUUAUAAAGAAGGCAGCAAUAAGUAAAAGGAAGAGAUUCUAGUAACUUUCAAGACAUGGAAAUAUUUCCUCCUCUGGGUUCAGUGUUGCCUCAGUUGCUUUGAGAUAUUGCAGAAAGCUGAGAAAGAAGAGGAUGUAUUGCACUGAUUUUUUAAACAAAGUAGACCAUUCCACAUCCAACUUCAACUUCAGUCACAGUCAAAAAUGAAUUUUUUUUAUAUGACUUCUAGACAAAAUCUAUUUUGAUCAGGUUUUGUUUGUAUGUGCAACUGUAAUUCCAGUUCCUGCCUUCUUUUUGAAGGAGGUCAGGGUUGCAUACUCUAGGAUCCAAGUGUCAAAAAAUUACCUGGAAUGGGCAGGUGCAGUUUCUUUAUUCCUGUUAAUGUAGUUUCUUCGUUCCUGUUAGCAGAAACAAGAGACUUUAAUGUAGUUUCUUCAUUCCUGUUAGCAGAAACAAGAGACUUUAAUGUAGUUUCUUCAUUCCUGUUAGCAGAAACAAGAGACUAGUAGCACACAACAAAAAAAGUGCUGCACCAUCAGUCCCCUCCCUAAAAGGAUGGGCACAUAAGAACUUUGUGGCUUUAUUAUGGCUGUAUUCAUACUUCAGCUUGUUGAAAAAAAGUUACUUGAUCACUUCCUUCUGGCUUAGGCACUUGUUGCAUAUAGAGAAAUAACUGCUCUCCUAAUCAAAAUGUCUUCUGUGCUGACUUACUUUGUAGGGGCUAUUGGUUUUGAAACUCAUUUAGGCUGUGGGGAAGAGGACUUAGUUAAAAUACCAAUAAAGUUCAUUUGUAAGAUUUAA